AUGGUUUCAAGUCUUGCAGCGCAGCUUGCGCAGGGCGCGUCACUCAAUGCAUCUCUUCUGGUCGAUCGUUCACGACGAAAACCUGCCGACUCGUACCUGUUCUCUCUGAAGGAGGCGCAAAAGCAUGACCUCGAUGCGAUACAUGCUCUGGGUCUUAAUGGAUUUACGCAACUUAUGGCUAUGGAUCCGUCGAUUGGAUCUUUCGAACGCCCGCUCUUCUCUGAUACUGCGAAAGCUACCGACCGGACACUCCUGACGUCUGGGGCAAACGCGGAGUUGAACGGUCAUAUUGCGUCCUUCCUACCAUUGCUGGGCCCGUACCUUUUGGAAGCGCCUGCGGGAAAGGUACUGGAAUGGCUUGUGCGACGGUUCAGAAUCAACGAGUUCAACGUCCAAGAGUUACUAACGCUCUUCAUUCCGUACCAUGAAUCACCCCAUUUUGCCAAAAUUGUGACACUGCUCCAUAUCGACGACAAUUCAAUGUUUCGGUUCCUCGCCGCGUAUAAAACCACAGCAAAACCCCUACCACGUGGUGCUCUCGUGACCGAAAUGCUCAAGGACACGGAUCUUGCACGCUUCGUGUCCGGUCUACUGCCCAAUGCACUGAAAUCAGCAGGUGCUGGUGCCCAUAAGGCUCUGGUGAUAUUCCACACAGGCGUGCUACUUGACUUCCUCGCACAGAACAAAGAUGUAGACGAGGGAACGACCGCAUUCCUACUGCCAGCGGCAACGGAGCCUUUGCAGCUCGAGCCAGACGAUGUCGGCAAAAUCAAGUCCUCCCUCGGCAGUCUGUUAGUAAUUGCUGCCCUCUCGCAAAAAUGCCGUAUCACCCCAAAAGUGCUUAAAGCGAUACUCUCUACUGUCGCAUCCUGCGCACAGCAGGUCUCUGCUAAGCAAUUCGUGCGCACAUUGCUGUGUAUCUGCGCCCCUCAAGAUACACUGGAAAAGUUUCCACGUUCCCUGGUCACUGCAAUCAUGCGGCUACCUGCUGUCGAUUCCGAACUACGGGAUGUGUAUUCUUGGGUAGGAGCCGAAAAGCUGAUCGACCCCUUGGUGGUCGCACUGACGACACAACUGGCAAAAGAACCCGCCCUCGAUCUGCUGGAGUCAAUCCUUACGUAUACUAAGACCCCAGCGGAUAUUCUACGACACGGAGCAACCGCACUGCUACAGAAGCUCGCCGAGUUGGGCGAUGCUACUGAUCCGUCUAUGCUUAACGCGCGUAGGGCUUUGUCGAAUCUGUAUCAGCGCCAUCCAGACAUUGUCCAGGAUGCUUCCAAGGCUGCGAUGGAGGACGAAGACAAGCGUGAACUAUUGGAUCAGAUUGUAGACUCGCUAUCUAUCGUGGGCAUUUCCUCGCUUAGUAAACAAACACAGGGGCUGAACACGGACUUCGACAUAGUUGUCGCAUCAAUAAGCGCGGACGCAAGCGUGCGUGCAAGGGCCAUUGGAAAUCUCUAUAACAUAUUAUCGUCCAGCGAAUCGGCGGCGGAUGCCAUGAAAGCUGCGUUGCGUGCGCGGAUCGAAGACACGGAACCUGCAGUCCUCGAAGCGCUUUACGCCCAGCCAACGCUGCUCCUGCCUCUUGUGCUCGAAGACACAAGCGGCUAUCUUUCCACCCUUACACAGAUACUUCAUAACCAGAAGGACAUCCCUUCCCGGACCGUCGUGCGGCUGCACCUCGCGUUCGUGGCGACACACCUUUCCUCGCCGCUCCGUGAGGCAGAUGCCGCGCUCGCCGACCGCAUCGUUGACGAGCUGUUCUUCUCGUAUCUCCUCUUCACGAAACCCCGGCAGAAGACUGCCGCGGUGGUGUGGGAGAUUCUGGAGGCGUGCGAGAAUAACCGCGAAGAGCACAUGGGUAUUGUGCGGUAUGAGCUGCUUGGGGGGUGCGUUGAUGCAGUGCGGUGGGAGGAGAGCCACCGCGCGGAGGGCAUGAAGGACGAUGGGAGCCACAAGAAUAUCGAGCUGUUGACAAAGAUCAACAUGGCCGUGGCGGCCAAGAUGGCGGAUAACAUCCUCGCAUCCAACUACUAUGAUCGUCUUUUCGAGAACAUCUUGGCCAAGCUGCACGAUUCAAGUCCCUAUGCGCGCGCCCUCGGUUACCUCGUUGCUCGCGCCUUGUUAUCGCGCCUGUCUGGGGAGCACCAGAUCAAUGCCGCGCACAGGGUGUUGCAGGCUAUGAAGCUCAAUACCCUCGAAGGAAUGGGAGAUUUCAUGCGCGGCGUCGACAACCUGGGUGUGGUAAGCCAUUCCAUUCUAGGGACUGCUGUUGUCCUCAAGCCCAAAAGCCGCCAUACCUUCCAUAGGCUUCAGAUCUCUGUGUUGACGACCCUUCCGAUGAUCCCUCGUCCGGCUGCUUUAACGCUGGAUUGGUUGCAGACGCCCUCGACGCCGGCUACCAACGACACACGCCCAAUUCGCUACGUGCAAUUAAUGCGCGCUGUCUACAAGCUCGGUAACUCCUCUGCGUCGCUACCGCUUCUGUCGACCCAGCUCCUUCGCGCUUUGUUCAUGAACCUCGGCUCAGAUGCUCUUAUCUUCCUCACUGGCAUUUGGCUGGCACCUCAGGAUGACUACGAGAACCACAUACGUGUCUCGGCGCUUCGUCAUGCCGCGGCUUUCCUUGAGGCAGACUAUGCUAUACAAAAUAGGCUCGAUUUCCAGACCAUUCUUCCGGCUAUCUUGUUCGCUGUGCAGAGCGCCGAUCCCAGAGUCCGUGAGGCGGCUCUUAGCUGCGUAGUAGUGCUGGUGAAGAUGACGACCACUAUUGAGCAAGCUUCCGCUGUAUACGCAUUCGACAUGCUAUACGGUGAUAAAUCCACUGUGUUACAAUACCUGGAUUGGGCUGAUUUCCGAAAAUACGUGGCCACAUUGGGUACUGGGCAAAAUCACCUCGUCCAUGAUUCUGGUUACCUCAGGGUACUACAUCAGGAGUACCUGUCAACCCAAAAAUCGGAUUCGAAGAAGCAAGCUGGGUAUAAACAGCGGAUCAUGUGUUAUCUACUGUCACAUGUGAACGCAUGCCAACUCCCUGAUUUCAAAUUGUCUCUCUUGAAGUCGGUCGAGUUGACAUCGAGCGAAGUCAAGGCCCGGAUGCUUCUUCCCACUGUUCAGGAACACAUGGAUGGUUCCCAUCAAUCGCCUGACUCCCAAGCGCAAGCCGUGCUCCCAAUAGUUAUGUCGUCCUUCGAUGACUCCUCUGUUGCGGACCUCAACGAUACAAGUAAAUCCACUUGGGCCAUAUACGAACAGAUUGUGCAAGCUGCGCUCUACCUGGUCAAAGACGCGAAGGACGUCGUUAUAUAUCAACUUCAACACGGCGUUUUCGAUAAGCUCUCUGCCGAUCGCAAAGUUGCACUCUCUACACACCUUUUAAAGAUUUCUGUUCAGAACGUCGACGCGGCGAAAGAGUGCAAGGAGAUUCUCCGCAAUCUCCUUACCGACAUCGCAAUCACUAUUCGUCUUCUCGUCAUUUUCCAGCCUGCCGCAGUGGAACAAAGUGAGCAAAGCUCCAGGGCAUCGCUGACAUUGUUGGCUGAGGUCCUGGCGUCGAUGUCACAGCAGGGGUCGUUGGACUUGGUGAUAUGUCUGCUAGAAACACUGAAGAGGGUCACACAUGACGCGUCGAUGAAUUCAGCAGACAGAGCAUACACCGAGCAGCUCUUGAUGACCGCCGUUGAGGGCGUCGUGACAAGCUUACCUGACUCGUCGAGUAUCUCACCAGGACUCGUACGGCUUGACGUCCUUGUCGACCUCAUUAGAGCCGCCGAAGAUCCUCAGACAUUCCACCAAGCUCUCCUUCUAAUGGCCAGUCUUGCCAGACUGGCACCAGAUGCGGUUCUGCACAAUAUCAUGCCAGUCUUCACUUUCAUGGGCUCCAACGUGUUCCACCGGGACGAUGCGUACAGUUUCCGUGUCACAAUCGAGAGUAUAGUCCCCGUCAUGGUUACAUCAUUGAAGACGACAUAUACUUCGGCGUUGGAUCUUUAUGUUGGCUCGAGGGAUUUCUUGUGUAUCUUCACUGACGCCUCCAACCAUAUUCCUCGUCACCGCCGCACGCAGUUAUUUUUGCAACUCAUCGACGUCCUCGGCCCGGAUGAGUUCCUCGCCCCUAUAUGUAUGCUACUUGUCGACCGGGUCUCCAACCGAGUAGUAAAGCAAAAUUCCGAGGAUGCGCGGACAUCUCUGUCGCUUGGUCUUGCAGCUAUAGAGCAUUAUUCGACACAGCAGCGCAUUGUGGUCCUUGUCGAAAUCAUGCGGGAAGUUCUGCGUAUGCUUGCCAAAGCCAACGAUGGCGAUCAGCCCGAAGCUACCUUCUUGGCACCACCGUCGGAUGACGACCGAGGAGUCCAGGCCUCAGCGAUAUGGCGUCGACGGGCCUUAUCUUUCAUCCUAUUCUGCGAUUACGCCCUGAGAGAAAGCACAGCGAUUUCUCGUUCCAAUCAGCUCAGCGAAAAUGACUCGAUUUCGGACCUGCUGUCCCUACUCCUAAAAGUGGCUGUUCUACCCGAUCCCGACCAAGGUCUUGACAAAGUCAUCGCCGCAGCCCGAUCCGCAAUGACUAGCACAUUGCGCAUCAUGUCCGCAUCCGUGUUCGUCAUGGGUGUGACCUUGAUGAUACACUCUCGAGAUGCUAAAGUCCAAAUGGGUGCCUUGAAUCUUCUGGGUGAACGCUUGACUAGUGUCACGGACGAGACACGUCGUACUAUGACAGCUGUAGUUGUCAAAAUUAACUCGACUAUCAAGAAGAUAUUGGCGUCCAAUCCUGACGAUGACUUGCUGAUCGCCGCAUUUUCCGCUCUGCGAUCCAUCAGCCAAACUCAGUGUCCUGGAGAAGAAAGCUCACUUGCAGUCAUGAUACCACUCGUGCUCGAUAUCGCGCGAAGGCAUUCAAUCGCCCCAGCUGCAUUUAGCGCUCUCCUAUCGCUAUGGUAUAUUUCGUAUCGCCUUGGCCCCCGAAUUAUUCCGCAUAUCAGGAGGAUUGUGCAAGAAUGUGCUGCCUCCAGUGAUCUAGCACGCCGCCCCCCCACCGAAGCUCUUGAGGUUCUACAGUCAACGCUCUCCUCAAUCCCCACCUUUUGGGGCGAGGUUGAAAUACUUCUUGUCAUGAACCUCUUCUUGGGUUCAUGUACGACUACAGCAAAGGCCGACACGAACAUUAUGACACCAGUGGUGAAGACUAUGACGAAACGCCUUCCGUCCAAGAUGCUAUUAUCAACAUCAUCCUCUGCAUGGUCCGCUUUGUCUUCGAGUACUGAGUCUGUAGAACAGAUGGUCGGUUUCUUUGUCUUCCUGAGACGAUCGCUACGCACCGCGGCGAGGCCUGUUGUCCUAGAACACCUGCGCCCGCUCUCCAAACUCUUCCAGGAUGCUUUCGAGAUUGUUAGCACGGGACAGAAUUCGUUGAUCCAGCGUGACUUGAUUUCGGCAUUUCUUGAAUUAGUUGUCAAGCUCAAUGAGACUGCCUUCCGGCCGUUGUUCAGGAGGUUGUCUGACUGGGCAUUCACGGAUACUACAUCGAGUGCAAAUGUAUCUCGGGCCGUCACAUUCUGCAACAUAUACAGCGCUUUGCUGGAAUACUUCAAGGCCCUUGUGGUUCCAUAUUUGUCGUUCCUCAGACAUCCAUUCCUUCGGAUACUGGAUCAAUAUGCUGCCGAUGUAUCUCAAGGACCUAACCUCUGGACGUCGCUGGUGAUAGUGCUCACGAAGACUCUGACUUUCGAUGAAGGUGGAUUCUGGCGGGGCGAUAAGAUGCAACAAUUAGUCUCUGCCCUUAUCAAGCAGAUUCCUGUCUGCAUACACAUUGACGGCAAUGAUGGCAAGAAAAUUCUGUCGGAUUGCCUUGUAGCAGCCAUGGACGCUGUCAACGACGACACAUUGCUCAAAUCGAUGAACCUCGACAUAUUGAUGCACACUCGCUCUGAGGAUUCUCGGUUGCGCUUGUACAGCUUGGCGUGCAAUGAAGCGUUGUGGAGGGCACAUGGUGGUAAAUUGCUAGGCUUUGUCGCAGAAACUGCCACGUUCAUUGCUGAAUGUGCGGAGGACGAAAACGACAGCGUCGUUCGCGAAGCGCAUAGACUAAAGGAGGCCGUGGAGAGUAUAGCGGGUAAGAUUCAUGUGUGA